AAAUCGUAGUGCACAAGUUUUAUCUUAUAAUAUAUUUUGUUUGUGUUGGUGCCCUUUGUAGUAUAUUGAACAAAACAUAAAUUAUCAAUAUUGGUCCGGCAGUAGUUUUGAAGAAACGUUACAAAAAAAUGACAAAUCGUGUUCACCAGUUGCCCGAUUCUUCGUCGUCACCUCCUUCUGCAGGAGACAUGUCUGAGGAUGAAGUUUCCGAUCUGCCCAGCUGUGCCUUUGCAUCCAGGCCAUCUUCCAAUUCCAGUCUUCAGCAUCAUUAUUUGAGCAGCUUACAUCAUGGUGGAGAUGGUCAAUGCGCAGGUACUCUCUCUAGUUCAGGUGACUACUACGGAUCGUCCCCUUACAGAGUCCAGAGGCACGCCGCCAACAUCAGGGAGCGAAAAAGGAUGCUGAGCAGUAUAAACUCUGCGUUCGACGAGCUGCGUAUGCAUGUACCAACAUUUCCUUAUGAGAAACGACUGAGCAAAAUCGACACUCUCCGACUGGCGAUUGCCUACAUCGCUUUAUUACGGGAAGUUCUAACGGCGGACUGUGAUCCUUUGACUUAUGUGGAAAGGUGUCUAAGGGGUGAAAUUAAAGCAGACAGGGCUAACUGGAACACUAGUGAUUUAACUGCACGUUUGUCUUGGAUUAAUUGGGAAAAUUUGGGAGUCACUCCUGGAAGACGUAGUGCUUUGACGUCUUUAGCACUUACUUCUGAGAACAAUCAAUGAAUAGAGAGGAUAACCUGAGAAAAAUAGCGA